UGUUGCCCCGGGAGAACGUCUUGAUGGAUAAUUAACACCAUUCAGUGAUGGGCUGUGGGACUAGCAAGGUACUUCCUGAGCCCCCCAAGGAUGUCCACUUGGAUCUCGUUAAAAAGGUUGAGCCAUACUGCGGUUACAAAAAUGACAUCUAUAAGCACUUCAUCAAGGAUGAUGGGGGUGACGCCAUCAAGUCCGGCUUCCCUUCUCCUCCCCGCCACACCAACCCUUACGCCAGUGGCUGCUCUCCCACACGCCUGGAGCAACCGGAGCCCCGCAAGAACAGAGUGGCCAAAUACCGUGCCAAAUUUGACCCCAGGGUGACGGCCAAGUACGACAUCAAGGCCCUGAUUGGCCGAGGCAGCUUCAGCCGUGUGGUGCGGGUGGAGCACAAGGCCACCAAGCAGCCGUACGCGAUCAAGAUGAUAGAGACCAAGUACCGGGAAGGGAGGGAAGUGUGUGAGUCCGAGCUGUGCGUGUUGCGUCGUGUGCGACACACCAACAUCAUCCAGCUCAUUGAAGUGUUUGAGACUCAGGAGCGUGUCUACAUGGUGAUGGAACUGGCCACUGGAGGGGAGCUGUUUGACCGGAUCAUUGCCAAAGGCUCCUUCACAGAGAGAGAUGCUACCCGAGUGCUGCAGAUGGUGUUGGAUGGGGUUAAAUAUUUACAUACAUUGGGGAUAACACACAGGGACUUAAAGCCAGAGAACUUGCUGUACUAUCACCCAGGAAUGGAUUCUAAAAUAAUGAUCACGGACUUUGGGCUGGCGAGCGCCCGGAAGAAGGGAGAUGACUGCCUAAUGAAGACCACAUGUGGAACGCCGGAGUAUAUUGCUCCGGAAAUCUUGGUCAGAAAGCCUUACACCAACUCGGUAGACAUGUGGGCCUUGGGCGUGAUCUCUUACAUCCUCCUAAGUGGGACUAUGCCUUUCGAAGAUGACAACCGGACCCGUUUGUACCGACAGAUCCUGAAAGGAAAGUACAGUUACUCAGGGGAGCCAUGGCCCAGCGUGUCCAAUCUGGCCAAGGAUUUCAUUGACCGUCUGCUGACAGUGGAUCCUGCCGACCGGAUGACGGCUCUGCAAGCCUUAAAGCACCCCUGGGUGGUCAGCAUGGCCGCUUCGUCUUCCAUGAAGAACCUGCACCGCUCCAUCUCUCAGAACCUCCUCAAGAGGGCGUCAUCUCGUUGCCAAAGCACCAAAUCGGCCCAGUCCACCCGCUCCAGCCGUUCCACCAAAUCCAACAAGUCCCGGCGUGUGCGGGAACGGGAGCUGCGGGAGCUGAACUUGCGCUACCAGCAGCAGUACAACGGCUGACCGCUCCCCAGGAGGCUGCAGGGACUCGUUUGUUCUUCCCAUCGGGA